CGAUAUUUUGAAAGCAAUCGCAUACUUAUUUAUAGCACGAAUUUUUAUUUUCUUUUUGUUUAAAUAUAUAACAACAUCAACAUUUGAUUUAUAAUAUACACGAUUUUUUUUUUAAUUUUUUUGAAAACAUCCUGCAAAGCAUAAAAAGCACAAUCGUCGGAACAGAUCAUGUUGAAGCUACGUAACACCUGGUCGGCGGUGGGCUUUAAUGCCGGCCCAAUCGCAAUUCGCUGUCUGUCCACAACCGCCAGCUGCAAGGACUCGGAAUCAUGGUUCUCCAAGCUGCUGGUGCGCAAGAUCGAGCCAACGAAGGAGUCGCACAGUCGCAUGCUGAGCGAUAAGGAAAUUAUAUACGCAUUGCAUACGCAUAACGUGCGCCCCGAUUCCAUGGGCGACUAUCUCAAUAAUUAUAAAAACACUGUGGGCCUAAUUAAUGAGAAGAAGACGAGCCUGUCAUGCAAAUUGGUCGCCUCAUGGACUGUCCAGGUGGGCGAUAUGGAUCAGUGUCUGCAUUUGUGGAAAUACACCGGCGGCUUCGAGAAAAUCGAUCAGGCCAAAGAGGAUCUGUGGCAUGAUGAAGAGUACUUGAAGCUAAUGAGCGAGCGUUCCAAGUUCUUGCGUUCCCGCCACCUGCAAUACCUGCUGGCCUUCAGCUAUUGGCCGCAAAUCGCCAGCCGAACAGGCAAGAACAUCUACGAGAUGCGAUCGUAUCGUCUAACUCCUGGCACCAUGAUCGAGUGGGGCAACAACUGGGCACGUGCCAUUAACUUCCGCAAGCAUAACAAUGAGGCCUUUGCUGGCUUCUUCUCGCAAAUCGGUCGACUCUACAAUGUCCAUCACAUUUGGUGUUACAAGUCGCUGCAGGAUCGCAAGGAGACCAGGGAGGCUGCUUGGCGUUCACCUGGCUGGGAUGAGUGUGUAGCAUAUACCGUGCCCCUCAUACGUGAGAUGCACUGCCGCGUCCUGGCACCCACCGAAUUUUCGCCCUCACAAUAGUGUGGGUCUACCUAAACCCAGCACUUCUAAAGAAGAUAUAAUACUGUUGUGACCCUACCGCCAAGCCAAGCCAAUCCAACCCAACCCAAGCCAAGCCUGCGACCUAUUUCUGUUGAAAACUUGUAUAUAAUGCCAGCAUCCGAAUGCUUUCAUUUCUCUUUUAGCUCUUACUUAAGAUAAAAGUGCAUUUUUGUUGUCUAACACAUACAUAUGACUCCUAUAUAAUUGAAAACUACGUGUCUACACAUACAUAUAUAUACCACU